AUGAAGGAAUACUCUCUCGAGUCGUUGAAAAAUGACACGGGUGACGUACUGGCCUCGGUGAAGGACGGAUUCUUCGGUAGCAAUACCGACGAGAACGAGAACCCACCAAAAAUUCCUUCUCAUAAUAAUGGUCCGCCCCGUGCCAUCUUUCAUGAUAAUUCUGAAACGGCAACAUCAGCGAGUGGAGAUAACUCGGGCGGUGCUGAUCAAUCGGGCAAUCCCGAUCAGUUCAACUUCCCGACACCCACUCCUCCACUCCCGACCCCUUGGACUCCAACUCCUGAUUUAACACCUACGCCGACAGCUACGCGCAAUGCUUCAGCGUACGAGUCGGUCACGCAAAUUGCGUCUCCUGACAGCUCUUCUUCCAUGUCUGGAGGAGCCAUCGCCGGCGUGGUUGUCGGCAUAGCGUGCGUCAUGUUCGUCAUUGGAGGGUUUGUGACCAUGAGGAGACGAGCGGCCAACCAGCGACUCUCGCUGAGCAAGAUGCCGUCGAACUUCGGAGACUCUCAAGCCGUUCCACUUGCUAAGUCCAAGCUCGCUCCUCCUGGCGCGUUCGGAAAGCUCAACAGCCGUCGCAACCACCGCAAGGAACCAGACAUGUCGAACGCGUCUGGUAUCUUCUCUCUCACUCAGGAUGAUCCGUUCACAAGACGACACAUGCGUAAAGGAGGCAUUUGGGACGACCCGGUGAUCGUAGCCGCUCGUAUCCCUCUCGAGAAAAUUCGAAUUCAGGAGCUCAUCGCCCGCGGUGGCUUCGGCCAAGUGUUCCUGGCGUCGUACAAUGGCCAGACAGUAGCUGUAAAGACGCUACUGCCAGAGACGGCGCAGGAUAUGACCGAGAUCAACGCUCUGUUCGCAGAGACCAAGGUCAUGGCGAAGCUGGAACACCCGUGUAUUGUCAACUUUAUCGGAAUUGCGUGGGAAUCCCUCAGUACAAUCAGCUGCGUGACGGAAUAUCUCGUCGGCGGAGACCUUCGCGCUCUACUGAACCAUUUCUUGGACAACCACACGCGUCCGCGAGGCUUUGACCACGACAAGGUGAAGAUCGCCAUGGACAUUGCUAACGGUCUGACGUACCUCCAUUCCAUGGAACCGAACAUUCUUCACCGCGACCUCAAGUCUCGCAACGUGUUGCUUACGUCGCAGCUGAACGCCAAGCUUACGGACUUUGGUGUCUCUCGGGAACGCACAGACGACCUCAUGACGAACGCAGUCGGAACGUCGCUCUGGAUGGCGCCCGAGGUGAUGAUGGGAGGACACUACGACGGCAAGGCCGACGUGUACUCUUUCGGCGUGUUGCUAAGUGAGCUGGACACGCAUUUUAUGCCUUACGCUAACGUGAGGAACCCCAGUGGACGCAAGCCGACGGAGGCUGCGAUCCUGCAGAUGGUGGCUGUCGGUACCCUCCAGGUCGAGUUCUCUCGCAACUGCCCCGUGGAGCUGCUGACGCUGGCCCACGCCUGUAUCUCCGUGGAACCCGACGACCGUCCUACGGCCGCUGAAGCACUGCACAGACUGCAGAAUGCACUUAAGUCUUUCGAGGUGGAGGAGGUGACGCUGUAG